UUUUUUUCCUGGGGGAUCUGCCGAAUGUGUAAUGGAGUCUGAGGACGAUAUGCACGACGCCGACGAGGUAGCGUCCGUGGUUGAAGAGGAUGAUUAUUACAGCGGCGGCGAAGAGGAGGACAUGGAUAUUGAGGGAAAUGAUGGGGAAGAUGAUUAUGGUGAUGAGGAAGACGAUGAUACCGGAGAUUACUUCGUGGCUAAUUACUUAGACUACGAUGACGAUGCUAUCCCUAGUCGGUCACAGAAGAGCUAUACCAUCUUAAAAGAAGAAGAUAUAAAGCAACGGCAAGAAGAAGACAUUACCAAAAUUUCUAUUGUCCUUUCAAUUCCAAAGGAAGCUGCAUGCAUACUGUUGAGGCAUUAUAACUGGAGUGUCAAUAAUGUGCAUGAGGAAUGGUUUGCCAAUGAAGAAGUAGUACGUAUAGCUGUUGGUUUAUCAGAGAAACCACUUGUUAAGUAUCCGAAUUUUAAGGAUGUUGCCUGUGGGAUUUGUUUUGAGAACUACCCUUGUGAUAGUCUACGUUCAGCUGCAUGUGUUCAUCUUUUCUGUGAUGCAUGCUGGAAAGCUUACAUUAGCACAUCUGUCAAUGAUGGUCCUGGAUGCUUGACGCUGAGGUGUCCUGAUCCAUCCUGUGGUGCUGCUGUUGGCCAAGAUAUGAUCAAUAAGUUGGCCUGUGAUGAAGACAAGGAAAAGUAUUGUCGUUAUCUUCUUAGAUCAUAUGUUGAGGACAGCCGUAAGGGCAUACAAGCUACUUAAAGAUAGAAGAAAACAAAACCGGAAGAGAGUCCUUCCAAUAAUAGGAAGAAUGUGAAGCAAUCACCCAAUUAGCUAUAUUAUUGGCCACAACGUUGUCCUUCCGUGAGACAUGGGAACACGACCUGCUUAAAAGAUCUCUGAUAUUCGUAAACACCUCAAAGAGAGGGUCCAAAUCCUCCGAGAUAGUAAUGCUGCAUACGACUUCCAAGGAGUCCGUCAGCACAACCUUUGAGUCUGAGUCCAGUGCAAAACGGAGACCGUGUUAGAGCGCUAGCGCUUCCGCUAAUAAAGGAGAAAUGAGCUCUCGAUGCAAGUAGCGAAGGCUGCCUUACAUACGCCGUCUUUAUCACGAAAUCAGCCACCUAAAUCGAUUUUGGACUCGCGGACCGCCGCAUCGCAAAGAAUUAGUACAAGUACCCCCGCUUUUCCAACUAGAAAGCAAAUCCCGACAGGAAAGUCGCCUGAUUGAGCACUAUCGAAUUCUUUUAACCAAGAUAUCCCAAAAUUCCUAACCCAUUCUGGACUUCUUGCCUUGAAGUUUUUACGGAGGCGAUUACGCUCCUGCCAAAUAAGCCACAAGCUAAUUGCAUAAGUCCUAAAAUCAGCACCACAAUCUCCAUUUAGGAUAGCCAAAGCUAGGGAGAUAAAUCCCAUUUCCGAAGACUAGAGAUAACAUCCCACCAUCCUGCGAAUUUCCAUAAUUUCCUUGCCCAGUCGCAUUCAAAGAAAAGAUGAUUAUUCGAUUUCCAACAACCGGACCCGCAAACACCGAUCCAAAACUAUGUCUCCGAGCGGAUUUUUCUCAGGAUGGGAUGGCUGAGGAGAUGAUACUUCCAGUGGAAUAACUUUAUUUUAGGGGGAAGUCGAAAUUUCCAAAGCGCUUUCCACCAGGUCGUAUUUGGAUUUGAACUCGAAGCCGAAGAAUCCCCUUGUAAGCUUUUGAAGAGAUGAUAGCUUCUACGCACCGAGUAUUUGCCGUUCCCGUAAAAUGCCAGAAUUUCCACUUAAUGGAAUAAAUAUUAUUUUGAUUGCGUCAAUGGGCAGAAAAAGUUGGCGAACAAGAUCAUUUUGCCAAGACCCCGUUGAUGCCGAUAAGGUCCUGGAUGCACUCCUGCCCACGCGCUCCAGCCCACGCACAGGCUGGGAAAGUGGCCUGAACAAAAAAAUAUGAGGGAUGCGGUAUAAAUCUUAACUUUGGAGCCAUCCCCAAUCCUUCAGUGUAUGCCCGCUUUAACGACUUUACGUCCCCACAGAAGACACUUCCAUAGAUAAGUAAAAUUAGAUCGAACUGUGGAGUCAAGAAAAUCAUCGUUGUGAAAGUAUUUGGCCUUAAGCAUUCGAGCAACCAAGGAAAAGAGACGAUUUAAGAUAUUCAGGCUUGUUUGCCCAGCAACGAUUUAUUAAAAAACUGCACAUCCGUGAAUCCCAGACCUCCAUUAAUUUUGGAUUCAGACAUUUUCCUCCAAGAUAUCCAGGCUUAUUUACGUUCACGAUCCCGGGCACCCCACCAAAAUUGACGGACCAGCCUCUUGAUUUGAUCACAAAUGAAACCGAAAAAGGCUCAUCAAAUAAGUAGGAAUUGCUUUGAUCACAACCUUUAUUAAAGUUUCAUGACCCCCGACAGAAAACCAAUAUCGGUGCCAUCCUUGAAGUCUUUUCCAGAUCUUAUCAUGCAAAGGUUCAAAUUGUAUCCUGACCCACCAAGGAUGGGAUGCCUAGAUAGAUUAAAUGGUGUCCUGCCCCUGGUUGUGAUUCUGCUGUUGAAUACGUUGUUGGUAGUGGGAGUUAUGAUGUCUCUUGCAGUUGUUCAUAUGGCUUCUGCUGGAAUGAUAUUGGCCAACUCCAAGCCUUGUCCGAAGUGCAAGCGUCCUAUUGAGAAAAAUCAAGGCUGCAUGCAUAUGACUUGCACACCACCAUGCAAGUUUGAAUUUUGCUGGUUAUGCCUUGGUGUUUGGUCAGACCAUGGCGAGAGGACUGGUGGAUUUUAUGCUUGCAACCGAUAUGAAGCGGCGAAACAAGAGGGAGUGUAUGAUGAAGCUGAGAGGAGGAGAGAGAUGGCCAAGAACUCUUUGGAAAGAUAUACUCAUUAUUAUGAGCGAUGGGCUUCCAACCAAUCGUCAAGGCAAAAAGCCCUAGCUGAUUUACAUCAGAUGCAAAGUACACAUCUUGAGAAGCUUAGUGAAGUACAAUCACAACCAGAGUCACAAUUGAAAUUCAUUUUAGAUGCCUGGCAACAGAUUGUUGAAUGUAGGAGAGUGCUCAAGUGGACUUAUGCAUAUGGAUAUUAUCUACACGAGCACGAAGACACCAAAAAGAAAUUUUUUGAGUAUUUGCAAGGUGAGGCUGAGGCGGGUCUCGAGAGGCUUCAUCAAUGUGCAGAGAAGGAACUAAUGAAUUACCUCAAUGCUGAUGGGCCAUCAAAAGAUUUUAAUGAUUUCCGCACAAAGCUUGCUGGUCUGACCAGCGUGACACGAAACUACUUUGAGAACUUGGUGAAAGCACUGGAGAAUGGUCUUUCAGAUGUAUCCCAGGCAGCAAGUAAUAGUAUGAAAAGUUCCAAAAGUUCCAAAAAUAUAGCUGGGACUAGCAAGAGUAAAGGCUCAAGGUGAAAAGGAUCUUCCAAUUCAUGCACAUCUGGUAGAAAUGCAGAUGAUUGAGUUAACUGGGCAUACAAUCAGUGUACCUUCAUGAAUGUACCGUCUGCAAACAUGACUCAUAAAUGGCGGAUGCUUUCCUGGAUGUGGCUUUGGACAAGCUGUGGUAUUUGUAAAUAAAUCAUGCAUCAAGUUUUAAGUGUUAAAUAUCUUCUUUAACUCUUUACCCGCACCCCAUCAGUGUUCUUUUCUUUUCAAACUUGGCAUGAUGGAAUGUACAAGAUCUUUGACUGUGAUUGUAUCCACUUCAUCUGCCUUAUUUUGUGCUUGUAAUGUGUUGUGAUACAUGGAAAUAUAUGUUGGCGUUGGGCAAACUCUUUAUUCUUGUUGAAUAUGAAGCAUUUCAUCCUCAGUUCGUGGUGUUUGAUCAUGGUAUGGAGUAGGCUGUGAAUGAAG